GUCAGAGUGAAAGUGACCAUUGCAGUUGAACUUUCCUAGUCUCAGUAACUGCCGGGAAGGAGCAUUAAGCAACGCGCGAAUCGUGAUCAAAGGUUGAUGAGAUUUAAAUAUUUUGCAACAUUUUCCAUGAAUUGCCUUUUGUUGAACUUAUGAUUUUUUUAUCUAAUACAUAAACUUGUAUUAUAUUUCAUUUUCAGAUUAUAAACUAUAGAAAAAUGAUCAUACAUUUACAUUGUGAACGAUGAACAUUUCUUUUUCAGGAAAACCUGGUACCGAUUAUCCAAUUUUAGGAGCUGUUCCGUACACCAACUUUUACUGUGAUGAGCAGCAAUAUCCAGGGUUUUUCGCUGAUAUGGAAACUCGCUGUCAAGCGUGGCAUUACUGUGACAUCGAUGGCCGUCAAGCAUCGUUUCUCUGCCCCAACGGUACGGUGUUCUCCCAAGGCGUUGCUUCCUGCGACUGGUGGUUUAACGUUCGAUGUGCGCUCUCCCCAGCACUGUACCCUUUGAAUGCAAGACUGUAUCGUCGUAAAAGGAAACAGAACCGGCCUAAGCCGCACAGGCUGAUAGAUAAAAAGCUUGUUGAUGAAAUUUUCUUGUAAAUACUAAUAAUAUGACUUUUAUAAUUAAUUAUAUAAAUAAAACCUU